AUGGAAGCUAUCGAGCUUGUCCGUGGUGGUAAUCAUCAACGCCCGUAUUUGAUGCUCCCGAAUCUGUGGGCUGUUCUUGAAGAAAAUUUGUACAAGAGCUUUGGAGUUAUUAAGCUUGAUCCAGGCGCUUGUCUAGCUGAACAGGAACCACCAUCCAAACAGCCCCCAGCUCCCGGUCUCGGCUACCGCAGGUCGGUGGCGUGGGCAUUUGCCGAUGGCUCAGGGACUGUCGCCGAACUUGGCAUUCUACCGUAUGCGAGUGAGACCCAGACCACGAGCGUUACAGCCGACUGGGACUCAUCAGCUGCUCCUCACUUCUCUCACUCACACACCUCGAGUUCUUUCUUGCACCUACCACCGCAUCUACUCUCUGCAAUGGCCGACUUCUUCGUCUCCUCUUCUGCUGCCGCUGUCGCCGUCGCUGCCAAGAGCACUCAGCAAAACAAGUCCGGUAUGGCAUUCGACUUUGGAGACCAGACGCAUAUAGCUGACCAUCCCACAGUGCCCGCUGCUCCUUCUGACAAGGCCGAGUCUAGCACCGCUACUCAGGGUGCUGGGUCGAACUUCUCGAUGUGCGAGAUCAUCAUGUAG